GUUCCGUUUUCUCUGGGCUCUGAGGCGCACGAUUGGUGCAGUGUCCACAGGGUGCCCUGAGCUGGCCAGGGGAUGAACCGCGAGGGGCCGCCCGGGAAGAGUCCCGAGGAGAUGUACAUCCAGCAGAAGGUGCGUGUGCUGCUCAUGCUUCGGAAGAUGGGCUCCAACCUCACGGCCAGCGAGGAGGAGUUCCUGCGGACGUACGCGGGCGUCGUGAGCACCCAACUGAGCCAGCUGCCACCGCACGCCAUCGACCAGGGCGCCGAGGACGUGGUGAUGGCCUUCUCCAGGUCGGAGACGGAGGACCGCAGGCAGUAGCCGUGGACACGUGGACACGCCGCCCGCAGGGCCCCGCCCCGUGGACCCCGCCCCACCCGCGCCCAGGAGAGGCCCCGCUCCCCCCGAUGAUGGGCCCCCAGGGACAGACUCGUGAUUGGCUGCAGGAAGAAACCUUUUUAUUUUUAAAUCUUGACCAACGGAAACCUUUGAUUUUUAUUUCUGACUCUUGCUUUUUAAUAAAAAAAACCCAAAAAAAUAAAACCCGUGCGCCUGGGUCUAGGGCCGCCCCGAGGCGCGGCCCGCGGGGCGGGGCUCAGGCGGGGAGCGCGGAGAGAUCCCAUUGGCUGCCGGGGCGGGCGAAGGAUUCUGAUUGGCUGGCUGGUGGCAACGGGUUUCUCUGAUUGGCUGCAGGUGCUCGGCUGGAAACAGGGUCUGGGACGUCGGUUGUAAUAUUUGAGUGCAAAAAAGAAACGA